GGUUCGAAGAAAAAUUUUCCAAACAAUUGCAUCAUAACUUUUUUCCAGCCCAACGGUGCGUUUUGUCCCGUGCGUAGUAAAACUCGCAGUGAAAAAUGUUGAAGGCAGCCCGAUAUAUUUCCCGCACGCUGGUGGAAAACCGCGGAUUAUUACACAAUGGAGGAGCUGUCCCCAACAAUGUGCUGGCCCGUUUCAAAUCGGACCAGGUUAAGGGUGCCGUCAUCGGUAUCGAUUUGGGCACUACCAACUCCUGCGUCGCGGUGAUGGAGGGCAAAAAUGCCAAGGUCAUCGAGAACGCCGAAGGUGCCCGUACCACACCGUCACAUGUUGCAUUCACAAAGGACGGCGAACGGUUGGUCGGUAUGCCGGCCAAACGUCAGGCAGUGACCAACUCCGCCAACACAUUCUACGCCACAAAGCGACUGAUCGGUCGUCGGUUUGAUGAUGCGGAAAUUAAGAAAGAUCUUGCCAAUCUGUCGUACAAGGUGAUUAAGGCAUCGAACGGUGAUGCCUGGGUGCAGGGAAGCGAUGGCAAAGUGUACUCGCCCAGCCAGAUCGGUGCGUUUGUGCUGAUGAAGAUGCGCGAAACCGCCGAAGCGUACCUGAACACCCCGGUGAAGAAUGCGGUCAUCACCGUGCCGGCUUACUUUAACGAUUCCCAGCGACAGGCUACGAAGGAUGCGGGACAGAUUGCCGGUUUGAAUGUGUUGCGUGUGAUUAACGAACCGACGGCGGCGGCACUGGCGUACGGUAUGGACAAGAGUGAGGAUAAAAUUAUUGCCGUGUACGAUCUGGGCGGUGGUACGUUCGAUAUUUCCAUCCUCGAGAUCCAGAAGGGUGUGUUCGAGGUCAAGUCAACGAACGGUGACACUCUGCUCGGUGGUGAAGAUUUCGACAAUCACAUCCUGAACUAUCUGGCACAAGAGUUCAAGAAGGAUCAGGGCAUCGACAUCAAGAAGGAUGCGAUGGCGAUGCAGCGAUUGAAGGAAGCGGCCGAAAAGGCCAAAUGUGAACUAUCCUCGUCGGUGCAGACCGAUAUCAAUCUGCCCUAUCUGACGAUGGACGCUUCCGGGCCGAAACAUUUGAAUCUGAAGCUUACGCGCGCCAAGCUGGAAACGUUGGUUGGUGAUCUGAUCAAGCGAACGAUUGCACCCUGCCAGAAGGCGAUGUCGGAUGCGGAAGUGAGCAAGUCGGACAUAGGUGAAGUGCUGCUGGUCGGUGGUAUGACCCGUAUGCCGAAAGUACAAUCCUUGGUGCAGGAAGUUUUCGGACGCCAACCGUCGCGUGCCGUAAACCCGGAUGAAGCCGUUGCCGUUGGUGCGGCCGUUCAGGGUGGAGUGCUGGCCGGUGAUGUGACCGAUGUGCUGCUGCUGGACGUUACACCACUGUCGCUCGGUAUCGAAACGCUUGGCGGUGUGUUUACGCGCCUUAUCAACAGGAAUACGACGAUUCCGACGAAGAAAUCGCAAGUCUUCUCGACCGCCGCCGAUGGUCAAACGCAGGUGGAAAUUAAGGUGCACCAGGGUGAGCGUGAGAUGGCGACGGACAACAAGAUGCUCGGUUCGUUUACGCUCGUAGGCAUUCCGCCGGCACCGCGCGGUGUGCCCCAGAUUGAGGUCGUGUUCGAUAUCGAUGCGAACGGUAUUGUGCAUGUGUCCGCACGGGAUAAGGGAACGGGCAAGGAGCAACAGAUUGUUAUCCAAUCGUCGGGUGGUUUAAGCAAGGACGAAAUUGAAAACAUGAUCAAGAACGCGGAACAGUACGCACAGGCCGACAAACAGAAGAAGGAACGGAUCGAAGCGGUCAAUCAGGCCGAAGGUAUUGUGCACGACACGGAAACGAAGAUGGAGGAAUUCAAAGAUCAGCUGCCAAAGGAAGAGUGCGACAAACUCCGAGAAGAAAUUGCAAAGGUGCGGGAAAUCUUGGCAAACAAGGACGAAGCCGAUCCGGAGGAAGUACGCAAAACAACCAGCGCACUGCAGCAAUCAUCUCUGAAGCUGUUCGAAAUGGCAUACAAGAAGAUGGCAUCCGAGCGCGAAGGCAGCAGUGGCAGCAGUAGCAGUAGUGGCAGCAGUAGCACCGGCUCCGAGGAAGCAGAGAAGAAGGAGAACAAAAACUAAACAAAUUUGCU